AUAAUACCUGUCCCGUCCUAAUAGUCAAAUUUGUAAACAUGAAAAGUUCAUAGUUGUUUACAAAUCGCACUUGAAUCACAGAAUUUUAUUCUGUGCUUAAAUUAUCAUAUUAUUGUAACCGUUAUCAUUUUUAAACGCAAAUCGCCAGUGACGGUUUGUUUUUGGUUAAAGUUUUCAACACGCUAUUGGCGCCGAUAGUUGAAAUAACGUCGAAAUAGUAUUUUUUUACACUUGUUGUUUGUAUAUUAUUUUUAAAAUUUUAUCUUAUAUAUAAGAUCGAAAACAUGUCGGAGAAAAGAGAACGCGAAGACGACGAAAAGAGCAAUGCCUCUGACGAAGACGACGAUGAGUGCGUAGGUCCAAGUUUGUCCGAAUUGACAAGCCCCGUUGAGAAAAAGAAAAGAAAAAUUCUAAAAUAUGAGCGGUUGUACUUGGAAAACUUACCAACAUGUGAUACUUAUGAAAAAAGCUACAUGCAUCGGGAUGUUAUCACCCAUAUAAUAAUCACUAAAACUGACUUUUUAAUAACAGCAAGCUGCGACGGACAUGUGAAGUUCUGGAAAAAAACUGAAGAGUUAAUUGAAUUUGUAAAACAUUUUCGUAGUCAUCUUACUCCAAUUACUGAUAUGACAGAUAAUUAUAAUGGAACUCUAAUGUGUACAAUAUCAUCAGAUCAGACAGUCAAAGUUUUUGAUGUUAUUAAUUUUGAUAUGAUCAAUAUGAUAAAAUUAGAUUUCACACCACUUAGUGUAUGUUGGGUGCAUUCAAAAGGAGAUCCAAUUCAUACUGUUGCUGUAAGCAGUACAACUCAACCUCAAAUAUUUAUUUAUGAUGGAAAAGGAGUAAAUAAACCGCUUCAUGUAAUAGACAAAAUGCACACACAACCAAUUAUAUUUAUUAAGUUUAAUUCAAUUUUUGAUGUAGCAAUAUCAGCAGAUAAAAGUGGCAUAAUUGAAUAUUGGUCUGGAGCUAAAACAGAUUAUACAUUUCCAAAGUGUGUACAGUUUGAUUCUAAGCUCGAUACUGAUCUCUUUGAGUUUGUUAGACAUAAAACACAUGCUACCAGCUUAUGUUUUUCAAAUGAUGGUUUAAAAUUUGCUACUAUGUCACCAGACAGAAAGGUCAGAGUUUUUAACUUUUUAACAGGUAAACUAAGUAGGGUUUUUGAUGAAUCUUUGACACGUUUUAGUGAACUUCAGCAAAAAAAGCAACAAAUACCUAACAUUGAAUUCAUUCGAAGAAUGGCAAUUGAACGAGAGUUAGAAAAAACAGAAAUCUCUCACACAGCUAAUUUAUGUUUUGAUGAAAGUGGACAUUAUUUAUUUUAUCCAACCAUGUUAGGUGUGAAAGUUGUUAACAUAUUUAAUAACACAUUGGUCAAAAUUAUUGGAAAACCUGAAAACUUAAGAGCAUUGAAAGUCGCCUUAUUUCAAGGUAAGGCUAAAAAACUAAAAGCAGCAGUAACAUUAGAAAUGGAAGCAGCAACAAAUCCUGCAUUGGAAGCUUCUGUAAGUGAUCCUACACUGUUUUGCACAGCAUACAAAAAGAAUAGAUUUUAUAUGUUUACCAAGCGAGAACCUGAAGAUAUUAAAAGUAUUGAUGCUGAUCGUGAUGUAUUUAAUGAGAGACCUUCAAAAGAAGAUAUUAUAUCUUCUACUGAAGCUGCUUGUAUCCAACGAUUAUAUGAUACAGCUACUUUGCAUACUGUCUUUGGUGAUAUUCAAGUAGCAUUGUUUAAAGAAUGCCAAAAAACAGUUGAGAAUUUCUGUGUUCAUAGCAAAAAUGGCUAUUACAAUGGCAACAUAUUUCAUAGAGUUAUCAAAGGAUUUAUGAUACAAACUGGAGAUCCUACAGGUACUGGAUUAGGCGGUGAAAGCAUAUGGGGUGGUGAAUUUGAAGAUGAAAUACGUUCCCAUUUGAAACAUGACCGACCUUAUACAUUAAGCAUGGCUAAUGCAGGUCCAAAUACUAAUGGUAGUCAAUUUUUUAUCACGCUUAUACCCACACCUUGGCUGGACAAUAAACACACUGUAUUUGGACGUGUUACUAAAGGAAUGGAAGUAGUACAAACUAUUUGCAAUGCAAAAACUCAUCCUAAAACCGAUAAGCCACAUGAUGAUAUUCAAAUAAUUAACAUCAGUCUGAAAUAAAUAACUUGUGUUUUAUUGUCAUGUAAAAGUUUAAUUUGUUGCUA